AUGAAAGGCGAGUGUGUUUCCACUGCGUCACCCGACCAUGAUUUGAUUUUAAAAAUAAGAUGGUUGGCUGUGAAACACGGAACUCCCGAAGACAACAUGGACGAAACUAAACAAUACGACAAGGAACGAGAAAUCGGUACUGAAGGAACAGAUGAUAGAGUUCCCCCUUGUUUGUACCCGGAAGUGGUGGUGAUCGCUCAUGGAUCUGUAUCCUCAAUUUCCGUUUCCUCUGACUUACGCAGACCUCCAGCAUCCGGUGGAUACUGGGCGUGUUCAGAGUGUUCUCUGCUGAAAGACGUUUCUUCCUACCAAAUACCUGUCCGUUCUAGUCGAAAAGACAAUUUGAAGAAGCGCAUUUGGUCAGCACUGAGUUCCCUUAUCUUUUCCUGUGUUAAGAAAUCACGGAUGGAUACAAUGCGAAGACAGAGUGAAACAUCUAUGAGGUCAGUUUGUGUAGCACCUCGAUCAGGAAACGUAUCGGUGCGGUCAGUUCAUCCGGCGAUUCAAAGACUUAGAAAACGACACGAGGACAUGUAUACGAUCUUCAAUGAGGAUCUUUUCUAUUGA